AUGACGUUGGGACGAAUUUGUAUGACUGAAUCACGAUUGUAUCGCCUCAGACUUGCUUACAAGCUCAAUCCUGUAACUACUGCAAUAUUAAGAUGUAGCAGUAGUAGCAAGAGUACGAUACCAGAUGAUAAGCUAAGGACGCUACCCCAGGGAUUGCAAAAAUUGGCUAAAAUAAAGGUCGAAGACUGGCCUCACAUUAAUCCUGGUCCUCCUACUACUCACGAUGAUGUACCAAUUCCUUUCAAAAAAUUUGAAGAAGCAAAGAAAGACUUUAUGCCUACCUUCAAUUUGUAUUUCUAUAGUUCCAUAAUACUUUUUGCUGCAACCUUUUAUUGGGCAUUUUUCAUCGAAGAUAUUUGGCCAUACAAUGCACGAGCACCAGUAAAAUCAUAUCGAGAACGACAUAAGGCCAAAAAAUCCGAAUCAUCAAGUGAUGAUAGUUCAGGUGGAGACAAAGCACUAGCAGGUGCUGCUGCGUCUGGGACAGCAUUGGCUACUGAAAAGGAGGCAGAGGCAAGCGAUGAUAUUGAGAAAGGUGUGAAGACUGACACUUCUGCUGCUUCCCUAGCUUCAGUUAAGGAGAAAAAGACAAUAGUCAGUGAGGAAUCUGUAAUGCCGGAGAAGAGAAGUGCAGAGGGAUCAGAAAAAAUUAUAGUGGACCCGAAAAUCUUACCCGAAGAAAUACCUUAUCUGCUGAUAGGUUCCGGUACAGCGUCAUAUUACGCUGCUUUGGCAAUCAGGGCUCGGGAUGCAGAUGCUAAAGUGUUGAUAAUAGGUGAUGAGAAGCACCUGCCAUAUAAUCGACCUCCACUAUCAAAGGAACUGUGGUGGUAUGGAGAAGACCAGGUAGCGGAAACUCUGGAAUAUAGAGGUUAUAGUGGGAAGAAACGGGAUGUAUAUUUUGAAGCACCAGGAUUCUUCGUACCACCAGAUGAGAUUGAGUCAGCUGAACAUGGUGGUGUAUCCUUAAUUAGUGGACAUCGAGUUGUCAAACUUGAUUUGGCGACACAAACAGCUUAUCUUGAUGAUGGACGUUCACUGAAGUAUCAGAAAUGUCUCAUAGCUACAGGAGGUUAUCCAAAGUCAUUACCAGUGAUCGAAAAUGCUGAUGAGGAAGUGAAACGGAGAGUGACAUUUUUCCGAACGAUUGAUGAUUUCCGGAAAUUGGAUGAAAUAGUGCGAAAAAGUAAGUCUAUAACGAUUAUUGGCGGUAGUUUCUUGGGUUCGGAGUUAGCGAACUCAUUGAAUCGACGCUUUGGAGAGCAAGGAUUGCAAAUUUGUCAGGCAAAAAAAGGUAAUGUUGCUGAGAUUCUACCGCAGUUUUUGAGCAAGUAUACAACCAGCGAAUUACGUAAAAGUGGUGUUAACGUUAUGCCUGAGAAGGAACUUAAACGUGUAACAGUGGAUAAAAGUGGUAAACUUCGUUUGCAGUUAGCAACAGGAGAAAUUAUAAACACUGAUCACAUCAUUGUGGCAAUAGGUAUAUGUGCAAAUACCGAUUUGGCAAAAUCAUGCGGCUUAGAAAUUGACCCUGUGAAUGGUGGUUAUGUAGUUGAUGCCGAACUGCGUGCUCGGUCAAAUGUUUGGGUUGCUGGUGAUGCGAGUAGCUUUUACGAUGUUAAACUUGGUCGAAGAAGGAUGGAACAUUGGGAACAUGCGCAGAUAACCGGACGUCUCGCUGGUGAAAAUAUGACUGGAGCGAACAGACCAUACUGGCAUCAAUCUUCUUAUUAUUCUAUCUUAGCACCAAGUGUUCACUUGGAAGCAGUUGGUAGGAUUGAUUCGGGAUUGAGAACAGUGUCGAUUUUGGCAGAUACUAAAGAUAAUACUAAUGAGAUCAAAAAAGGAGUUGUGUUCUACCUUGAUGGCAAAAUUAUCGUGGGUGUAUUGCUGUUAAAUGUUUCUGGUCUAGGUAUUGAAAUUGCACGGCGGCUGAUUGCAGACGGACGUGAGCACGAUAAUUUCAAAGAACUUGCAAAGCUAUUCGAGCUACAUAAAAGAAGAGCAGACGAUGAAAAAGAGGAAUAA